AUGGCUCGCCAUGGCAAGUCAAAGGCUCGCAUGAAACGGGCUCCUGCAAUGGCCAGUAAGUUAGAUAUCCCUGCGCCCCUGCGCCCCUACGAACCCCUCGAGACUCACGAUGUAAAAGAACCAUCGCCACCUCGGUUUACGAUGCAGCAAGAGGCCCGGAACACCGAGACACACACCAGGAACUGGUCACAUAAUAACCUCCGUUAUAAAGCGGUUCAAUUUGUGAGCGCAGGACAAUUACAGCGAACCGAACAGGACAUCGAGGAAGAAACAGACAGCCAGUCAGAGAUACACUCAGAGGUGGAAGAGCCGAAACCACAACAACAGCCAGAAUCGAAGGAAGAUGAAAGCGACAAUUUAUUUUUUAUCGACGCUACAGCGGAAGAGGUUGUGCAUACGGGCCUUCCAGACCCAAUACUACACUCCGAUUUCCCCGACACAGAAGGCAGUGAAGAUGAAGUUGUGUUCACGGGACGUCGAAAGCCCAUAGUGAUUGAAACGGACGAGGCGGAGCUUCGAGCGUAUCUGCAAACUUCCCAGGAUACGGGGCCGCAGGCAUUGUUCAGCCCGGGAGACGCGCAAUUCUUUCAACAGACAAUUGUCUCCGAAACCAAUAUCACACCACGGACACAGCAGGGACAAAACGAAUUACCCCAGGUAGCUGGUACCGUCAAAUUCAACCAUGAAGGCAUCCAAACGCACGGGGAAGCUGAAGGCGGGACCGGAGUGAGCAGAGCCAUCUCGGAAUUAGAUUUGGCCGCCCAAGGUUCUCAACAUGCCCAUGCUCCAAUGUCAGAUAGACAGACAGAGCAGCCUGCUUCCAGGGGUCAGCUGGUUGAUGACGCUGAAGUCCUAGGGUCAAUUCAUGGUAUGACUCCUUCCACCCAUCAAUCGGAACAUUCUGAAGCAACCAAUGUUGACACGCAGACCACAGUGCUUUCGAAGAUGUACCUUGACGCUGAACCGGACUCGUCAUCCAACUCAGAAGAUGACGACGUAGACCUAGAUUCAUCCAACGAAUCCGAUGAAGAUCUGGAUGAUAUGGAUGACGAGGGCUUGCUAGAAGAACUGGCCACCAGUUACUCCGCUGGGAAGAAGGGUGGUCGCGGAAAAUAUACUUUCCUAUCAGCCACAGCAUUCGCAGAUGCGCUGGAUGCAGACCCUUACUAUGGUCUCGACAUCAUGGAUUUUGAUCGGCCAAGCCUACAGAAAAGACCGAAGGGCAAGAAAGCACCCUUGUUCGAAGAGCUUAUGUUGUCCGACAGUGAUCUAGACAACAGCGAUCUAGAGAUCCUCCAGGAGGCCUGGGAAACGGACCGCAAGAAAAAGAAGGCUAAAAAGCAGGAGCGAGAGGAGCUUCGUGCAAAGGGCUUGUUAGGCAGGAAAUCCGCAGAUCCCGACCUAAAGGUUAAGUAUGCUAAGGGGAUGAACCUAGAGGACUUGAUCUCUGAGAUUCGGACGUUCCUCCUAUCCCCAAUGAAUAGUCUUGCACUUCCACCCAUGACGAAACACCGCCGAAAGACCAUUCAUGAACUGGCAAACAAAGUGAAUUUGAAAUCGCAAUCCCGUGGCAAUGGGAUAACUCGCUUUCCCAUUCUUCUCAAAACAUCCCGCACCCCCAAAUAUACUCGCAAGACCAUUCCUCAGUUCGACAAUCUUCUGUCAGGAAGAAAGUUGAACCGUCGACUUUAUCAGUCAUGGGGUCCGGACGCGUCCAGGCCAACCAAAGCCAAGAGGGGCGGUGCUGGUGGUACUGUGUCUUAUAUGGAUGGCGAUGUGGUUGGAGCGUCUGCGCCAGAGAUUGGUGUGGGAAAUCGAGGACGUGCAAUGCUGGAGAAGAUGGGGUGGAGCAGCGGUACUGCCCUUGGAGCCUCCAAUAACAAGGGAAUCCUACUGCCUGUUGCUCAGGUGGUCAAGAACUCACGGGCAGGUUUAGGCUAA